CUGCACUAUCGCCAAAAGGACCUUCCCUUCGAACCAACCCAAACGGUCUUUUCCUUCCAAAGAAAGGUAAGCCCCGUAUCCAGAAUGAGCGCCUCUUACGACCCCGACGACGAGAUUACUGUAGCCGACCCGGCCGACUGGCACUGCGGGCCUUUCUGGUAUGAGUGCCUUGUUGACCUGUUCCCCGCCGAAGAAGGCUUCACCGUGACCCAGGAACAUACCUUGUCCUCGCUGGGCGAAUCCUACGACCGUCUCUCGGUCAGCACGCCCCUGCCCCGGACAUACCACGGGCCGCAAGACACCUCUGGCUUCGAGUUUGAAGACACGGUGGUCUUCACCCUCAUCAAGGGCCGACUGAACCGGCCGUUCGCGUACCCGGACCACCACGACCGCAUGUUGCGCGACUUUGUCGCUGCGCGGUAUCGCCUGCCGAUACUCUUCCCGAGGGACAACAGCAACGGGGCCAUCCCAAUCAUCGGAGCGGUGGUCGUCCCCGUCAUGCAGAGUUUGCAGUUCUACACCUGGGAGUUCCAGCUCGCGGGGAUUGCGCCAGUGCGGAUGGGGUAUCUUCUUACUUCGCCGACCCAGCGAGCUAUGGCGAUGGAAACUCUGAGGGGCGUUGGGGCGCGGGUGAGAGAUUUGGUGGUAUCCUUGGGGGUGGCGCAAUAUUCUAAUUCAGAGGAGGAGGUCGAGGAAGCCACUACUAUCACUACGCGGAUUAGAAGGUUGGUCAAUGAUUGA